UUGGCUGUCCAUCGGCCGUGGCGGCAUGGUGGAGCGACCUCUGUGCGAGAUGCAUUCACCCAACACGCCUGUGGCGGGCUUUCUGUCCCAGGGAAAUCUGAUGUUAGAUGCAGGCUGCCGUUAUAGAUUGUUUGAGAAAUCCAAUGCUGCGUCAUGCCUCAAGGGCAACUGGAUCGCAGUCACGGGUUCUUCCAAUGCACUUCUGCAGUUCAACAACUUGGUCAAUUUCUUGGCCCCGGGCGAAUAUUUCGUGGACCGUACAGGUGAGUUGAUUGGUGUCUCUGCCGUGGUGGAUGUGGUCAUUGUGGAUGGGAAGGUCACGCAUUGGGAUACGGUCAGCAACCAUGCGCACCCCUGCCGCCAAGUGGACUUGAAGGAGGAGGCCGAACGGUGGCCAGAGUGUCGGCAACUGAUACAAGACAUGUUCAGCAAGGUUCCGGCGCAUGAUUCGCAGUCAAUCCGACUGACAUUUUUCACUUCGUUCUUUUGGAAACGCACAGAGUUGGCCCUGCAACUUAUCGAAGAAGAUACUGUUUGGAAAAUGGCACACUUUGGGCUGGUGACGCAGAUCGGUGCCUGGUACAAGAAUUGUUGCUUCAUGAAGUUCCAGUAUUGUCCAAGGAAGGAGUUGCUGGCCUAUGACAUUUUUGCAGAAGGAGGGGAACUCUUUAAGGCAGAAUUAGAGGAGAGCUUGGGACGGUUGCAGUCCUUCUGUAGCGGCCGAGCACAACUGGGUUGCAACGUCCAGACCAUUUCCUACACCAACGGUCCUCGCGAUAAGAAGGUCUUUGAGCACUUGAACCACUUCAUCCUUCAGGCCAUGGAGAAAUUGAAGACCCCACAGUUUCGCCUGGUGGAUUUUUUUGCGCUGGGCCAAGGAAUGCCUGAGGAGGUCUAUGGAGACCAUGCUUCUCAGAUGCUGAACAUUUGGGGUUGGAUCGUUCAGUUGAACACCUUCUGCCCCGAGCAAAGUGCCUCCAGCGCUCCAUAUGCGACUUGGGAUGGUACUAUGUGCACUGGUAUGGAGGCCCGCUAUCAGAAAUGCCCCAAGUACUUCCAGAAAUGUUCUAUCGGCCACACGUGUGAGAAAUGGGAAUGCAUGAACAGCGUGCCGUGCACUUUCAGAGCUCGGAAUGAAGCACCACUCUUCUUUGGAAAAUCUCCAGGACUUUGCGACAAACCAGUGAAUGUGUCAUCGUUCCUCGCGCAAAGAUCUGCAAGUGGAGACCAGUGUCAUCGGAUUUGGUGUAGUGAUCAGCUGCACUGGGUAUUGGCAGCUUUUACCGUGCUCCUGGCCAUUGGAUUGAAAUCUUGGUUGUCCAGACAAGAGAAAGUCGAGCAAAGCAAAAAGGUGGAGGCGGAAUUCAAACGUCAGGAAUCGCCCAGGGAAUUACAAUUUCAGGGUGGCGACCACCAAACGAUCGCACCUUUGCUGGAGAUCCCACCAGGUGGCACUGCGGUGGCUCCUGAAAUUCCGACUGAUGACACGAGUGGCACGAGUGGAGGGGAUGGGGCCAUCAGAAGAUCCAGUAAAACAGCGGUGAACACCAGUGAGGCACUGGUGAAUUCAUCUGAGAUUCAGAACACCAAAGAAGUGGAGAUUUCACUCGCUUCGGAGACGAAUUCCUUGAAAGAAUCCAAAGAGAUUGACCUACCAGCAGCUGGAGACAAGUACCCCUUGGGUCUGGCCAGGUUUAUGGCUUCAAGCCACGUGGUGCUGGGGCAUCUCUUCGCCAGGGGUGUAGCUGCACCAAUAUAUUUCUUUCAUUGGGGAUUCACAUGGGUGCCUUGGUUCUUCAUGCUCAGCGGCUUUGUGCUUUUCUCGGCGUUCUUGAAAGGUCCUAAGGAGGAGACUAUGGUACAGUACGUCUUGCGACGCAGUACGACGAUAUAUCCGCUAUAUGCAUUUGCGCUUUUGCUGGCUUUCAUUAUUGGCAAGAUCAGAGGAAACAUCUACACCGAGUGGCCAACUUUGUUGGCACAAAGCUUUCUGGUCCAAUCGUGGGUACCUUUCUUUACAGAAAAUGCCCUCCAGAUGCACUGCUGGUUCUUGAGCUGUUUGGUGGUCUAUUGGUUCUUCUUCAAACCCAUAUCGCUGCGCUUGAGGGAUCUCACGCUGAAGCAGACGUGUCAGUUGAUGGGCUUCUUCUUCGCCCUUCCUUGGCUAAUCAUCCUGAUCCCUGCAAUGCUACAUGACCAGGAGGAUUGGUACAAGGAACAUGACUUCUACGAAACGGACACAUUCUUGGACUUUGGUGUUGUGAUGUUGAAGUACCAUCCCUUUUGCUACUUUCAUGUAUUUUUGCUGGGGAUGUUGCUGGCAAAGUUGCGGCAACUGUUGGAUCAGCACGCUAGGGCCUGCAAGGAAGGUUGUUUCUCCUGGCGAAAUCCUUAUGUUAUCGUGUUGCAGUUUGUGGCGCCUUGUGGGUAUUUGGCGUUACUCUUGAUCUUUACCAUCCAGACGUUUCAUGCGAAGGCUUGGGGAUACAAAUUAGCUGCCAGGGUUUCGGUCUUGUUGCCCUUCCAAGCCAUGAUUCUGUUUGGCUUGGCGGGACUUCCUAGUCUUCCACUGCCAUUCUUCUCUUAUGGCUUCUCCAAGAUGGACUUUUUGGAAAAGUAUUCCUAUACAGUGUACAUUUUUCAGUUCUUGCUGUACGGUUUCUGGCCACAAGUGGGACAAGUAAACUUGCUCGUCUUCCUGAUUUUUCUCUAUUCUUCCUCCUACAUCAUCGCCAACUGCAUCCAGCAGCCAAUUCAGAAGUGGUGGGCCUCACAUCAAACUGGUCAGCUGGUGGUGCCUGUGGCGUUGGCUGCGUUCUUCAUGGUCUGUUGUGCCAUCCCUGAUUUGCAGAUUCAGACAGCACAAACUCCAGCAGAUCUGCCUGCACUGGUCCAAUUGGAUCGUAGUAUUGAUGUGCGACUGAAACUCCAUGAUCCUACAGGUCAUCCAGAUUCAAACAUCAUUAAUCCAUCAGUGCUGGUGAAAGACGAUGAACUCAUCGUGGUGGCGCGUCGCCACCGCCGUGAAACGAAACAGCACAGCGGUGUCUACGAUGGCCCCGAUGGAACGUGGGACGCGGUGAUCAUCGAAGAGAUUUGGCACUCGGACAUCGUCAUGGGUCGUGCUGCCAUAGGCAGCAUGGAGGUGAACCCGGUGAACCCGGUGAACCCAGUUCCAGAGGUGACAGUGAGUAGCUGGGGCGGUCUGUUGACCGAAGAUGGCAGAGCCUGGGAGGAUUUGUGCGUGGUGGAGACCUGGAUCCCCGAGAAUCGCACGUUGAUGCGCAUGAUCGUCACAGGCCCCGAAGAUCCUAAGGUGGUGACGGAUGGGAAGGAUGGCAUUCUCUUGGCGUUUGACUCACGUCCUCCAAAAGGUCCUUCCAAAUCUUCCUCGUGUCGAAGAAAUACUCAGGGACGUUUAGAGUCGCUGCCACAGAUGUAUGUGGCCAGCAGCAUUGAUGUUUCAAAGCCAUUGGUUCCGAUCAAAGGAUAUCGGCUGAAAAGCGGCUCAUCAGAUUUGGCGGAGAAGAAUUGGAUUCCCUUCAUCUAUGAUAGCUCUCUGCAUUUUGUCUACACACCGCUGCCGCAUUAUAUUCUUGAAGCUGCUUUGGACGGUAGCAGCAGCUCAGAUACCAUCUACAGCACCACCCAUGGGCCCUUUCACCAACUGCAGAAGGAACAUCUUGAGAUUCGAGGUUCAGCACAGGCUGUGCUGGUGGACAAUCCAAAGUCGACCCCGCACUUGCCACAUCCUCAUUACUUGGCCUUGAUCCAUUUGUUCGACCCCUCCACGCGUCGCUAUGGGCACUUUGCAUAUCGCUUUCAAGCAGAGCCUCCUUUCAUGAUUCUCCAAGUGAGUUCCCAACUGCCCUUGUCCGAAGCCGCAGCAACGCCGAAUGGCGUUGCCUUCGCCUUCGCCAGUGGCUUAGCCGUGAAAGGAAACACCGUGCUGGUGACCUACGGCGCGGGCGACCGCGAAGCCAGGGCCUUGGUGAUGACCAUGGAGAAACUGGACGAACUAUUUCAAUGUGGCUCAGCCCAAGCUCCGAUGUUCGAUUCGAAAUGAUUGGGCCGACAUUUCCAAAGACAAAGCCACAAGCCCAAAAUAACCCAAACAUUUUAUUGCCAACUUGGAUCAACUUCGAGGUCAUGGGCAGUUGAGGUUUGCAAAGUGAAGCAUCCCAUUUUUCAAAGGCGAAGGGCCGAUCAGAGCGAUCCUUGCACAAAAGCUUUCAUUUUCAAUGGCGCAGAGCAUUUGUGAAACAAAUGCAGGAAUCCCUACGUUUUUUCAUUGUCCUGCUCCAAUGCAGGAAGAUUUAGGCAGUGCAAUUGGGACAGUGACAAUGAAAGAUUUGUUUAGUUUAGUAUCUCUUCCGCGAAGCGGAAUUUAAAGACAACAUAUAUGUAUAAAAACAUGUUAGAUAUAUUAAGGUAAAACAAUAA